UCUCGAGCUUCAUCUCGCGAAAUCACGGUGAUUCGAGCUUUUUCUAGGGAUUUAGGUCCCGAUAUAGGAACUUCCGAGCUUUUUCUUGCCCCAAAAAAAAAUAAUUUAAGGAAAGUCGCAUUUCAGAUUUUUCUAGGGUUUUUGAGGUGUGAGUUGUGGAAAUCUCUAUCUUCUUAUCAACUUCCUUGCAGAAAUACCGGAAUUCAACCUUUUCUCGAGGUCUUGAGUUCUCAUUCCCUUGAAUCUCAAACUAAUCUUCUAGCAAAAAUGCGAGAAUUAGAGCUUUUCCAUGGGUUUUGAUGUCAUUUUUGGAAAAAUCUUGAGCAUAUACAUCUCCUUAAGUAAGAACACUUGGAAUUCGAGCUUUUUCUUGGGUCUUAAUGUCAUUUUUCAUGAAAUCUUGAGCUUUUUCAAGUCGUUUCUAGAGAAAUCUUGAGCUUCCAAUAUAUCUCCUUGUGUAAAUACUAGAAAUGACAAGCCUCCUAUCAAUCUUCUUGGAAAAAACAGUCCAACAUGAGUUUUUGUCUACAGUUUUUUGAGGUUCGUUUUGCUGGGGAGUCUCAAACACGCUGAUGAUUUUACUGCUUAAAUGCUCAAUUCAGAACUUCUCCUAAGAUUUCAAUGCUCUAUUCUCUGAAAUCUUAAUCUUCCUGUCAAUAUCCUCGUGGAAAUGCUUGAUUUCUAGCAUAUUAUAACAUAUUGAUGUCCUUUCCAAGGAAAUCUUCAGCUUCUCACCACAACAGAAUUCGAGAAUUUUUUACUUUUUCCCCCCCUUCAAUUCUCUGGGUACUCACGUCUCCAGGGACUUUGACGUUUUCAUUUAUAUCCUUGCAGGAAAAAAAAACUUCCGUGUUUUCCCGCUGGUGGAACUGUAGAACCUGCGAAAGUUUUCUGUAAUGCUUGCAAUGGAGAAUUCCUCAAGAUACAACAGAGCUCAGGCUCAUUCCUCUCUCAAACAGAGGCGAAGUGGCUAUGAACCUUCUGAUACAGAAACUGAAUGGCAGGAAAGUCCGUGGCUGGAUCUAAAGAAAGAUGAUAAUCAAAGGGAUCGAAUGGAUGGGGUUGUAGUCACAGAACAGCUGAAUGCCGCCGUGGGACCCACAAGAAAUAUCACUCCUUUAAGCCGUAGCCAAAGGUACUCAUUAAAGCCUGAUUAUGAUUUCUCUUCUCCUGUUAAAGCUUCAAAAACCAGCCCAAUUCCAAGGAAUAAGAGUCUAUCUCCAUAUAAACCGCGCACAGACGAUGGCAAUGGUGUUUCUCCGAAAUUAGGCUCUCACCUACAAAGAAAUAUAAGCCCUUUGGUGGUUCCCGAGCAUCGGAGACAUAUUUCUCCAUAUGAGACAAGGAAAGAUGAACCCAAUGUGGAAAACAAUCAGCUUAGAGGGUCGAAUCGAAAACGAAACCAAAAAACUCCACCCAAGUUUAUGGAUGCAGAGGAAAAUAGACCCAAUCUGCAAACUCUAGAAACUUCUAGACUGAGCGAGUGGCCUAACCACAGCCACAGGUCAAUGUCUGCUCCAAAAUUGAGAGCAAGGGAGAAAGAGCAGCUGAUCAGUACUGUUUCUACAGGGCAAAGGGGAGAUCAAAGCCCCUUACCAUUAGCAGGAAGCUUGAUUCAGAAACAGAGGGAAAGUGCUUACGCAAGAGCUCCUUCGGGUGAAGUCAGUGAAAUGAUUCCUGAUAGAAAGCUUUCAAAAGUAACUAUUUCUGAUGUUUUGUUCACGGAAAGCACAGACACAAUUAUUUCUGAUGUUUUGUUCACGGAAAGCACAGACACAAUUCCUGCAGGCGAUAUCUUCUUUUCUCGUGAUGUCACAGCCUUGCAUGAGAACAUUGUGCCAAAGAACAUUCGUUCUGAAGGCAGCUUCAUUCCUAAACCUAAAGCAGUUUCUCAAAGAAAUAGCAAUGCUCAACAGAGAAGCAGAGGAAUCACUGCUUUCGAUCAGAAUACCCAAGUGGCUGCACUCAAUACCAUUCCAUCACAAAGAAAUCUGCGGUCCAGCUCUUCUGUAAGUGGGCAGAGUGGCAGUAAAUCUACUCAUCAGAGUAAUCAGACUUAUGGUAGUGGAAUGAUGAGUGAGAAUUUCCGGAAAUUCACUGCCAAUCGGCAGAGAAGCCAAAUGGAUAUGUUGUUUUCUUGUGUGAGGAAAGGUGCUUGCAGGAAGUCGAAGUCUCCUGAAACCAGGGAAAUUGAUGAAGCUUCAUUUAUCGAGAAGGCAUUUGUGGUGGAAAACCUUAGACAGUUCUGGGCUGAUAAGCAUCAACCAGACUCAUUAAGUGGAUUUAUCUGCCACAAGCAACAAGCCCUAGAUCUCAAGCAAUUGAUAUCACACAACAACUGUCCCCACAUCUUGUUCCGGGGACCUUCAGGCUCAGGAAAGAAAGCCCUAAGCAUGGCCCUACUGAAUGAAAUCUUUGGUGCCUCAAUUUGGAAUGAAACUCAGGCAAUGCCAGUAGCUGUUUCAGUAACUUCAAGCCCCCACCAUGUGGAACUUAAUCUCAAGUCUGUAUCAAACAAUGCUAGAUAUGCAUUGAUGGCUCUAGUCAAGGAAAUAACCAGCAAUGUACCUACUCUUGAAUUCAGUGAUGCUACUUUGAAGGAAAACUACAAAGUAAUGGUUCUCCACAAGGUUGACAAACUCGCGGACAAUGUGCAACACUUGAUAAAAUGGAUAAUGGACUGUUAUACGGAUGGGUGCAAGCUCAUCCUCUGUUGCGAAGAUGAUUUGGACCUCCUCCCAUCAAUCAAAAGCCGCUGCGAACUUAUUACAGUGGAUGCCCCUGUAACUCAUGAGAUUAUGGAGGUUCUUAUUCAGAUAGCAAGGAAGGAGAACUUUGAUCUGCCUAUGAGCUUUGCAGCUAAGAUUGCAACCAAAUCAAAGCAGAAUUUGAGGAAUGCAAUCAUGGCACUUGAAGCAUGCAAAGCACACAACUAUCCCUUUGUUGAUGAGCAACCAAUUCCGCUGGGCUGGGAAGAGGUCUUGGUGGACCUUGCAGAAGAGAUUCUAGCCAAUCCAUCCCCCAAAAUGCUGUUUUUUACGCGAGGGAUUUUUCAAAAGCUGCUUCUGGAUUUUGUUCAUCCCAAACUGAUCCUUCAGAAGCUUGUGGAACAGUUCCUCAAGGGCGUUGAAGCUAGUCUGAAAAGAGAGCUUUAUUACUGGCAUGCUUAUUAUGAUAAGAGGCUGCCCACUGGAACAGGUGCCCUGCUGAAAUUAGAAGAGUUUGUUGCAAAGUUCAUGAGCAUCUACAGGAAGAGCUUCAAUGGUGGACGCAGGUUGCCAUACAGAUAAAGACCCUGAUUUUUUUUUUUAAGGAACAUCCGGAGUUGUAUUACAUGUAUAGCCCCCAACAUAGUGAGCAUCACCCUGUCAAUUCCAUAUACAGGUAAAAAUAAUCGGGUGUCAUACAAAUGUAAGAAUUCUGUAUGUGAUGCCGAGAGAUACAGUGAAAGAUAACAUGUAAGAAUUCUACUAGAAAAGGCUUUCCAGCUUUUGAACUAGAAAGAUUGCAAGAAAAGUAUCAUCA